GUGGAGGUGACAAAUCCUUUCUUUGGGCAGAACUAUAAUUUACAAUUUAUAGUUUCGAAAAUGCUUCAGACCUUAAACUUCUUCAGAGAAGUCUUGUGACUGAAAUGCAACCAUGGUCUAAAGGAGAGUGUGCAUGCCUGAAGGUAAUUAUUCAUCGCUGAUGCUGGAUUCUCUGCAGUUUUAGAUAUGGCUUACCUGGCCCAGUCAACCCAUCACCAUUUCUUGGGUCUGGUGCUUGGGUUUGUAGGCUGGAUUCUGAUAGCAUCCAUUUCUGGGGUGAACGACUGGAGGACAUGGUACGUGGAUGAUCAGUCUGUCAUUACCGGAGGACUGGCCUGGGUGGGCGUAUGGAGGGUCUGUUUCAACACACACAUUUUGGAUUCGUCUGAGUUCUGCAAAAGCAUCAGCUUUACAGAUUCGUUUACACCUCCAGAGAUAGCCGCCGCCCAGGUUCUUUGCAUGACCGCCAUUGGUGUGGGGGUGGCUGCAAACCUGGUGGCUGGAUAUGCUGUUAGAAAUGCAUUCUUUGGGGUUCACAGUGGGCAUGUCAGACUGACCUUUGUGAUGGCGGGUGCCUUGUACUGGCUAACUGCGGCAUGCUCACUUGUCCCUGUGCUCUGGAAUAUGACAUCUGUAUUGUCAAAUCUCACUAUAGACUUCCCCCCAGACUUCUACAUACCUCCUGCCCCAUCAAGACAGGAAGUGGGUCCAGGGAUUGGGAUUGGGAUUGGCUCAUCUCUAUUGCUUAUAAUAAGUGGACUACUCUUCCUGUGCUACACGCAUCCCAUCAAAACCAAAAUGCCUAAAAGUGGGGCCAUGGAACAUUUGGGUAAUGUAAAUCUCAAGGCUGAUGACUUUCUUGGUACAAUUACAGAGAGUAUGGAUGAGGGAAGGAUCAACCCAGCCUUUGAGGCAGUGGGGAACCUUUAAUGAUAAAGUAUGAUCAUUCUCUGGAAGGACAUCAAAGGUUCUAAACACAAAUCUUCAGGAACUUUGACUAAUUCCUGUAGUUUAGAGCUUUGACUCAGGCUAAAUAUCUAAACAAUUUAUACAACAGUUAUUUCCGGUCCACUAAUUUGAUUGUACUAAUGCCACGUCUCCAGCCAGGUCUCCUAAGCAACCAAAUUGGCCCGGUUGCCAGGGAAGGGUAGAGUCACAUGGGGUAACCACCUCGUGGUCGCUAUAAAGUGGUUCUCGCUCUCGGUGGGGCGCGUGGUGAGUUGUGCGUGGAUGCUGCGGAGAAUAGCGUGAAGCCUCCACAUGCGCUAUGUCUCCAUGGUAAUGCGCUCAACAAGCCAUGUGAUAAGAUGCGCGGAUUGAAGGUCUCAGAUGCAGAGGCAACUGAGAUUUGUCCUUCGCCACCCAGAUUGAGGCGAGUCAAUACACCACCACGAGGAUUUAGAGCGCAUUGGGAAUUCCAAAUUGAGGAGAAAAAAUAAAUAAAAAAAUAAAUAAAAUCCCAAUAUUGCUGCAAUGGUGUUUCAAAUACAGCUGCUGAGGGAGAGACAUUAAUUUUGGCCAUCUUUCUCAAUUCUAAAUACCGUAAUCUGUAAAUUAGAAAGUCGUGGAGAUGUAAUAGUGGCCAUUUUUCUUUUGCUGCAAAAUGAUAAUAUUUGCUUUGGUCUCCCACGUACCUUUGUAGAGUUUACCUUGAUAUUCUUUACGUCCACGUUCCAAACCUGAAAAUGUGAAAAGAGGGCAUUGAUUGAUUAAAUGGAAUUCCAAAAUUAUCAGUGUGACUGGCUGAUAAACAGUAAUGAACACCACACUGUGAUUUUUUUUUUUUGUUGUUUUUUUUUUUGUUUGUUUGUUUUUUAGGCCAUUUUUGUUGUAUUAAAUAUAUAAUGUAAAUUGUCUGAGAGAUAAUACUAGACUUUUAAACAUUUUUUUUUUCUCUCAGUUGUUUUGUAACAAUGUGCAGGACAUGUACUGUUAAAAAUUCUAUCUGUUAUCAAAUACAGCCAUUGCGCAUGCUAUUAUUUUAUAAUGGCCAUAACAAACACGUUUAUCUAUUUUCAUAGCAAAUCUCUGAUUACAUAGUUGUGUAAUAGUUAUAAUGAAGAAGUGUGUAUUUGUGUCUAAAAAUAUCUAUUCAUAUCUAUUCCUUUUUUCUGUUAUUUUUAUUUAGGAACAGUUUACCUACAUAACACUCACUGAGCACUUUAUUAGGAACACCUGUACACCUAAUUAUUCGUGCGAUUAUCUUAUCAGCCAAUUGUGUGGCAGCAGUGCAAUGCACAAAUUCAUGCAGAUAUGGGUCAGGAGCUUCAGAUAGUCAACCAUCAGGACCAUGAGAUCAGAAAAUGUGAUCUCAGUGAUUUCGACCAUGGCAUGAUUGUUGGUGCCAGAUGGGCUUGUUUUGAGUAUUUCUGUAACUGCUGAUCUCCUGGUAUUUUCAAGCACAACAGUCUCUAGAGUUUACUCAGAAUGGUGCUAAAAACAAAAAACAUCCAUUGAUCGGCAGUUCUGUGGAUGGAAACACCUCAGCGGAUCAACGGAGAAUGGCCAGACUGGUUUGAGCUGACAGAAAGGCUACGGUAACUCAGAUAACCACUUAUAACCACAGUAGAAUUGCAUUGAGCAGAACAGCAUCUCACAAUGCACAACAUUGAGGUGGAUGGGCUACAACAACAGAAGAACAUGUAGGGCACUUUAUUAGGAACAUAGUGUUCCUAAUAAAGUUUUCAGUGAGUGUAUAUACAGGGGACCUAAAAAGUAUUUGCACACAUAAGCCACACUUAUAAAUGUAUAAAUGCCAAAAAAAAAAAAAAACAAGUGCACUUGGUUUAAAGACAGAUAGCACAAGCAAAACAUUUAAUAAAAAUAAGUUUAUGUUUUAAAUUCCAAAACAAUAUGUAGGCUACUGUUCAAAAUUAAGACAAAUGUGACUAAAUACUUUUUGGUUGUUAAACUUGGUUGUGAAACAUCCAAUGUGGUGAACUACACCUAUUGUUACUCUGCUAGGACACCUGUAUGAACCUGUAUGCCUUGGGACAAUUUGGUUAAACGUAAUUGCAAAAAUGGCUGAGUUAGCUUGGAAAAAGGUCUAACAUCAUUUGUUUGCAGAUGCCAUUUGGCUUGACAUCUUGUUAUCUAAUGCAAUGACAUUCAUACAUUCUAAAGUGUGGUUUAAGUGACCACAGUAUAUUCACCUGCCACUAAAUUGCUUAACACUAAAUGACCCUGGAUAAGUCUUGGCUUGCAUGCCUCUAAUUACAGUUAUGAUUUAGCUGACUAAGAGUGGAUCUUGGAGCAGGGACAAGGUGCUUUGGCUUAAAUAGGAAAUAACCCCUGCAAUGAGUGGAAUGAACUUUACUUUUAUUCCUCAGCUUGACACAUGCCCUUAUUACAAUGUUUUUCAAUACCACCCACAGUCCUCGAGUUUGUUACCUGCCAACAUUUAAUCUUGUUAAAAUUGAACAUUAAUUUUGACAAAUCCCACUGGAUAUUACAUGAUUUUCCUCUCUUAUAAAACCACAUAAUCCCCCUGAUUACGCCACAAAGGGAAAUAAUUUAUUGCCAAUUAUAGCUGAUUUUGUUUUCUGCAUUGGUUCAAUAGCUUGUCAAAGUCACUACACCAUGUAAAACACUCAAAAUUCUCUCAAACUCUCAAAGCAAACAUGAGAAUGAGUGUUAAGGUUCAUAAGAAUAGUGAGAAUAUUUGAGAAGAGCAGAGAAUUUGUUUGCCAGGAUGGACUCCCAGGGCCAUUGCUGACUUGAUGUGCAUUGUUCUGAGGAAGAGGUGACAGAAACAUCCUGACAGAGAAGAGCCAAGGCCCCAUGCUGAGAUAAAUGCAUUGUCUAGAAGAGCUAACACAAACACAUUUUUCUCAUGUGACUGAGAGUGGGGUGUUAUGUUAGUGGAAUUAAACAAUCUUUCAUGGAUCUCAGUUUGAAACCUAUUUACAACAGUGUGUUAGUAUAUUGGCAAAUGACACACUCGGUCUGUGCCUCAUCUGAAAAUGUGGACCUGUUUUCUUAAAACCUGGCUCUUUUUGUGGAGUGUAUGAGAGAGAUCUGACACCAACACUUCUCGUACGAUAAUAAGUACUGUGAUAAGAUGAAUGUAAUGGCAAGGGUAAAGGCCAAUAGCAUUCGUUUAGCUCAGCAAACAUAGUUAGAUAAGACAAUACAGAUAAAACAAUGCACUGGAGGCACAAUGUCAGUAUUUGAAAAAAUAAUUAAAUAUUCAAAUGUUUACGUAUGCAGCAGUUGCACAUUAAUUGCACAUUCAUAUUUAUCAUUAGUCCUCAAUUGGAAUAACUAGGAUGUUAUGUGUAAUUAAAUCUUUGUGUCUAUGUAAUAAGUGUUCAUGUGCAAACAAAAAUGUUGGAAUGGAAUGCUAAUGUUUUGCUUUGUUUUAGAGCAAGAAAAAUAUUUAAAGUUUAAAGGUUUUGCCAUAUUAAUGUCAGUAAGAUCACUUUUUUAAUAAUAAUAAAAAACAGACUAGAUCUCCUUCAGAAUACUGUAUUCUUAAACUGCUUACUACUGUCUGCUCUUCAACCUACUGUCUAUAUUUACAGUCCCUGUUGUUAUCUCACGCCCUAACUAAACCUUAACUUAUAGACUGAUUACAGAUCAUGAGAUUAGAUCAGAACCAGAGAUUAAGUAAAAUAUUGUCUUUGCACUGUAAUGUAGCCUAUGUGCAUCAACUGUGUCUGUCUCAGUGGGCUGAUACUGUAAAUACUGAAUAAACUAUCUAUG